AUGCGCCACAACAUGCAGAUUGUUCUCCUGGGUGUCGCCCUGACACUCUGGGGUUGUGCGCUGCACGUCCACGCUUUCGCCUUCGACCUGGCGGCCACGAAGCGCCGGUGUUUCGUGGAGGAGGUGCCAAGCAGCACGGAGCUGCGCAUUUCUUUUGCAGCGCUGCCAGGGUACGCACAAUUUCUGGACGUCGUCGUGACGGGGCCAGGGGACCAUGUGUACUACACGGCUACCGCACAGGAUCGUGGCAACUUUCAUGAACUAAUCGCAGGGGGAGGGGACUUCACAGUAUGCUUUUACUCCCGGCUGGCGCACGGGGUAAGGUACACCGAGGGAAUGAAGCGCAGCAUUAGCGUGGAUAUUCGUACGGGAAGCGAAAGCAACGAUUACUCGAAGUUGGCCACCAAGGAGAAACUCCGGCCCAUUGAGGUCGAGCUGCGUGUGCUGGAGGACGCAGUGCGCUCCAUUCACUCCGAAUAUCUGUACUACAAGGAAAAGGAGGCAGAGAUGCGCAACGCAAACGAGGCAAUGACGCUCAAGGUGGCGUGGUUCACCGGCAUCAUCAUCCUUAUUUUUGUUCUCUUCUCCUUGUGGGAGCUGCGUCACCUGAAGUCGUACUUCCGUAAGAAGCGUCUGAUUGAUUGA